AUGCCCGCCGCAAAGCCAGAAGAAAGAGGCGAGUCCUCAAAUGCCACUUCAAAGGCAGCGCUUGCAGCGUCUUCCAAUGGUUCACCGAAUUACGAGCUACCAUGGGUCGAAAAGUAUCGGCCAGUGUUCCUGGACGAUGUCGUCGGCAACACAGAAACGAUUGAGCGGUUAAAGAUUAUAGCCAAGGAGGGCAAUAUGCCUCAUGUCAUUAUAUCAGGCAUGCCGGGCAUAGGAAAGACAACCAGUGUCCUCUGUCUUGCCCGCCAGUUGCUUGGGGAAUCAUACAAGGAGGCCGUCCUGGAGCUGAAUGCCAGUGAUGAACGCGGCAUUGAUGUCGUUCGUAACCGCAUCAAGGGCUUUGCGCAGAAGAAGGUUACCUUGCCUCCCGGUAGGCACAAGCUCGUCAUCCUUGACGAAGCCGACAGUAUGACCUCUGGUGCCCAGCAGGCUCUGCGGAGAACGAUGGAGAUUUACUCCAAUACCACUCGAUUCGCAUUCGCUUGCAACCAGUCCAACAAGAUCAUCGAGCCGCUGCAGUCACGAUGCGCAAUCCUUCGAUACGCCAAGUUGACGGACGAACAAGUCGUGAAGCGGCUGCUGCAGAUUAUCGAGGCGGAAAAGGUGGAAUACAGCGACGAUGGCUUGGCCGCCUUGGUGUUCAGUGCAGAGGGGGAUAUGCGACAGGCCAUCAACAACUUGCAGUCAACAUGGGCCGGUUUUGGCUUCGUCUCGGGCGACAACGUUUUCAAGGUCGUCGACUCACCGCACCCGAUCAAAGUGCAGGCCAUGCUGAAGGCCUGCUACGAGGGUAACGUCGACUCGGCUUUGGACACGCUCCGGGAGUUGUGGGAUCUGGGAUACUCGAGCCACGAUAUCAUCAGUACGAUGUUCAAGGUCACCAAGACGAUGCCGACGCUCAGCGAGCACUCGAAGCUGGAGUUCAUCAAGGAGAUUGGCUUCACGCAUAUGAAGAUUUUGGAGGGCGUCCAAACAUUACUUCAGUUGUCUGGAUGUGUGGCCCGUCUAUGUAAACUCAACAUGGACCCGAAGAGAUUCAAGCCGCAGUCAAAAUAGGAUAGAAGGUGAUGCCAUGGUCAAAGGAUUACAGGUAGCGAAUUUGUCUUUUUCUCAUGGGGAUAUUUCGGCUUCUUAGGCGUUGGAAGGGAGAGGUGAUAUACAGCGUGAUGUGUUUGGGUAUCAUCGGAUGAUGCUAUGUAC